CGUGAACACCGGAUCCUGGUAACUUUCUUGCUUCUUUUCGAUAAGCGAUCAAAGUUUUGCCGAUCUCGUCAUUUUUUGGGUGACUAACCGCACAAUCAAAUCAUAUCUCAACAAACCCAUUCGCUGCUGAGAACGUGCUACUACGACCUCAGCGCGACACUCGACACAGCAUGGCUAACCAUAAGCAAGGGCAGGAAGAGAAUACACAUCACUAUGCGACUCGAAGCAUACACGUAGGAUCUGAACCUGAUCCAUCUACCGGCAGCGUUGUCCCGAAUCUAAGCGUAGCCACGACGUACCUUCAGUACGGUAUCGGAAAGCACCAUGGCUAUGAGUACUCCCGAUCGGACAAUCCUACCCGUAAUGCCCUCGAGCGAUUGAUCACGUCGCUCGAGACGUGCCCUCAAAGAGAGGACGGGACAGAGACUCUGGUUUAUGCCUCGGGAUCGGCAGCCACAUCGGCCUUGUGUCAAUGGGUCUCGUUGCCCGAGGUAGAGGGAGGUGCAGGGGGCGGACAUGGCCCCGGGAACGGUGGGCACGUACUGGCUGUCAAUGAUGUGUAUGGUGGAACCGCCCGAUACCUAGCUAGGACUGCCAAGAGUACCGGACUGGAAGUGACAUUCCUGGAUAUGGAGAAAGCCGGAGAGGAAGGUAUCAGGAGUCAUAUUCGGGACGAUACCAAGAUCAUCUGGCUCGAACUUCCUACGAACCCAAUGUUGCUUGUACCACCCCUCUCCUUGAUUUCCAAGAUUGUCGAAUCACUACCGCACCGACCGCUCAUCGUUUGUGACACAACCUUCCUCUCGUCCUAUUUCUUCACCCCUCUCUCAAACUGUCCUGGACCGCCUCUAGCCGAUAUCGUCCUCUCUUCCUUGUCGAAGUAUUCGGGAGGACACUCGGAUAUCAUCCUUGGUUCGCUCACUGUUUCGGCUCGUGUCAAAGACAGAGCUCUACGUGGGUUGCGAUUCAUCCAAAACUCAACCGGAGGUAUCCCUUCCCCAAGAGAUUGUCAUCUUAUGAUCCGAAGCUUGAAGACUUUAGGCCUACGAGCGCUAAAACACGGUAUGAAUGCGCUUCAGGUAGCUUCCUGGCUCAAGACCUGUCCCUUGGUCGAAAAAGUCAGAUACCCAGGACUUAACGGGGAUGGGGCAUUUCACACUGUCGAGGGUCUCUUGUCGACAAACGCUAAACGAGAACUCGAAUUCCUCGGAUGGCAAUUCCCCUUCAAGCCCAGUCCCACGGAGAACUCUACAGGCGGUCUGGCGCACCUGAGAUCCCUCGGGAUUCCAUUCGGAGGUGUGGUCAGCUUUGUGCUAAAAGACGCUCCAUCUGAGGCUGUCGAACGAUUCGUCACCAGCCUGAAGAUCAUUUUCUUGGCCGAAAGUCUCGGAGGUGCCGAAAGCUUGAUCGAGGUGCCCUAUGCAAUGACACACGCGCAAUUGCCUGAGGAGACAAAAGCGGCCUUAGGAAUCACUCAUAACCUGAUUCGUCUCUCGGUUGGCAUAGAGGAUGCCGAGGAUCUCAUAGAGGAUUUGACUCAGGCCAUGAGAGCCGCCAACAAUUAGGAGAUCCCCGU